AUGAUAUUCAAUGGCACGCUAAUAUUGUUAUUAAAUUUAUUUAUACAAGCGAACGGAUUAUUUCGUUUGUACAAUACAGAUGUAUUGUACAGAAAUGAUUUAAAAGAUUGUUUGUAUUCGAAUGAAAUAAACAAUAUAACAAAUGAAUGGAUAUUAAUUCGUUAUUGCAUCAGUGAAGAUGAUUUUGAAAAUCAAUUUGAAUGUUAUGGAAAUGCUAAAUUAACAUUUGAAGAAUUAAAAUUGAAAAGAAUAUCUGGUGAAGAUCUUUUUCAAUGGAACGCUCCAGUUGAUACAAUCGAUAAUUAUGAAAAAUAUUCAAUUGAAAAUAAUUUUUCAAUGAAAAAUUAUUUUUAUUGCAAUUGUUCAAAAGAAUAUUUUGGAAAAGAUUGUUUAUAUUCAUUUAAUGAAAUUUCCUCUAAUAUAACAUUUUCUGAUGUUAUUUUAACUAAUUAUCUGAGCAAAAACGAAUUAUCAUAUGAAGAUAUAUUGAAUGAUGAAUAUUUAUUGAUAUGUUAUGAAGGUAUUAAAUGCAAUUCAACAAUAUGUCUUGAUUGGAGACAAAUAUGCGAUGGUUUUAUGGAUUGUGAAAAUGGUGAAGAUGAAUUCGAAGAUUGUUUUUCCAUUGAAAUAAAUAAAUGUAAAGAAAAUGAAUAUCGUUGCUUCAAUGGAAUGUGUAUUCCACAAUCAUUCUUUAUUGAUUUCAGUUAUGAUUGUGGAGAUAUGGCCGAUGAAGAAUUUGAUAUUGAUGAAAUCAUAAUUAAAACAAGUGAAUGUUAUCAAUCUUUAAUGACUUUCUGUGAUUUUAGUCAGUCCCGUUGGAAUUUAUUUUCGUGUGGAGAUGGAGAAUAUGCCCCUAUUGAAGGUUAUGAUCUGUUAUGUGUCAAUGAACGCGACUCAUUUUAUCGGCGAAAUCUUUCUCUAUCAUCUUUAUACGAUAAUAAUCAAUGUUGGUUUUUAAUGCUAUGUACAUUAGAUGAAUAUUAUUUCGAUUUAUUUGAUUAUGAUAGUUCGCUAUGUCGUUGUACAGCAUCCAAUCGAGAAAAACUAAAAUGUUUGAAAUAUUUCGAAACAUAUUGUCCUUCACUGUUUUAUUUUCAAACUGGGGCUAAUUUCGUGUAUCCAUUUAUUAAAUUUGUUUUUGAUAAAGCAAAGAUAGAUUCUUCUAAAUGGUGGGAACCAACUCAUAUAUGUUUUAAGAAUAAAUCUUGUUCAAAUUUUCUAUCUGCUAGUGAUUUAAUUAUUGAUGACUUAACUUGUAUUGAAAGAGAAACAAUUCCCAAAAGGUCUGAUUCCAUUUCUCAUGAUCUCAAAAUAUUAUUUUCUUAUUGUAAUAUACCAAUUGAAGAUAAAAGAUUAUUUUAUUGUAAUAAAUCGAAACAGUUUAUUUCAAAAUAUCGAAUAGGAGAUUCAAGGAAAGAUUGCUUUUAUGGAGAAGAUGAAAACGAUGCUAUAAUUUUACCGAUAAUGUCUUCAUUUAAUUUAACGGAUCGUUUUAAAUGUAAAACUGAUAAUAAUUGGAUGGUACGCAUUUUUAUUUUUUAUUAUGAUCAAUAUUCUGACGUUUAUUCAUAUAACAGUGGUUAUGGUAAAGAUGAAUCUUAUCAGUUAUAUGUUGGAAAAUGUAGAAGACCAUUAGAUCUCGCUUGCCAAUUUAUACGAGGUACUUAUAUUCCAUCCGUUUAUAAUAUAUUUCGAGAAAAUCGCAAUGGAAAAAAUCAUACUAAAUUUGCAAUUGAUAAUGAAACAGAUGAAACAAAUUGUGACGAAUGGUCAACAUAUCAAUGUGAUGAUUAUUGGGAUUUUUCAAAUGGAGUUGAUGAAAUCUAUUGUCCAAAUACAAUAUCGUAUUAUUUGAAAGAAAAUAUUUUUAAAUGUAAUAUAAAUGAACAUUAUUGUGCAUAUCAAAAUGGAACUAUUGGUUGUUUAUCAAAAGAAUAUGCAGGAAAUGGAAUUGUCGACUGUUUAGGAGCAUCAGAUGAAAGAAAAACAGGAGAACAUAUAUAUUCUAGUGCGUUCUAUAAUAACUUUAAAUGUCUUUCUAAACAAUAUAUCAAUGUAUAUUAUUUGUGUGAUGGAUAUCCUGAUUGUAAACAUUCUGAUGAUGAGAUAAUGUGUCCAUGGAUAUUUAAUUUAACCUUUGAUUCACUUCUCUUUCCUUGUAAAAAUGGUACAUAUAUUCCCAGAGUAAGAAAACAAUGUAAUAAAAUAAUUGAUUGCCAACCGGAUGGAGAAGAUGAAUGGUUUUGUGAUUUAAUUUAUUCAAAACAAUCCCAAUUUUUACUAAAUAAUGUUGAAGAACAUCCAUUAACAAAUCAAAAUUCGUCAAAAAUUAUAAUUAUUAAUGACCAUUAA